UAUUCAAGUGUCAGCUCGAAGAAGCUGUAACGUCCAUUGUGUAGUGCCCACACUAAGACCUGUGCCGGAGGGAAAUAAUCUGCCUGUGUCUUGUUUCACUGGAGAGAAAUAUGCUGAAAGGAAACCAUGGGCAGCAGGGGUGAGACUGGGCGAGAGCAGAGGAGAGAUGGCAUGAGAAAUCUUUGUCCUGAAUGGGUUGUGUGUGCUGUGGACAUUUAUUCCUCUCGCCUAAAAACAUCAGCAAGCACUGUAAACACUGCAUUAAAGCAAGAUGAAUUACACAUUUGGACUUUUUGUGGUAAUCUCUUUGUUGACCAUCAGCGUCUGCAAUAAGCAUUACAGAAUGGACUACUCCUCAUUAAGUGCGCCUCUGCGCUGCUAUAAAUGCUCUGAUUACUACGGAGGGUGGUGUGAAAAUGUCCAGGAGUGCACUUAUGAAGACUCGUGUUUGUAUCUGCAUGAAAAAGGAGGGAAAACGAUCCGGCAGUGCAUCAGGUACACAGACUGCGACAACUCCCGGCUGUCUCAGAUGUUUCCAGCGGUGUCUGGAUUUCAAUAUCGCUGCUGUACCUCUAGCUUAUGUAACAGCGGGACCAGGGACACGGCCGUCUUCAGCCUGUUCAUCACCCUGCUCAGUGUGUGGUGGAGCUGCUGCUGAUAACCUUCUCACCUGAAUUCUUACAUACGUUCCUGUUUCCUGUUUCUUACAUACAGUAUACUGUAUAGUAAACGGAUCAUGAUUUUAACUUAAAAACUGACAUCGAUUUUAACAUGUUUUAAUGCAUAUACUCCACUUUUCAGAAGGUUAAUAAUGGUUUUGUCAUGGUUUUAAUUUUAUUUAUAGAUCUUUGUUGAAUAAUGUUGGAAAUAACGAUUAAAUGCGAUUUUAAAAAGA